AUUUUCUAGAUUUUUAUUUAAUCGUAUCUAACUGUGAGGAAUCAUUCCUUUUUAACAUUAUGGCGAUUAGAAAUCCCCGCUUGCCUCUAUUACCCGGCUAUGGUUCGAAUCCUUUGAUCGGAAAGAAAAGUUUUGGAGUACGUCCCAUUUUUACAUCUAUUGAUAAAGUCAAUAUGUUAGUGGAUAAGACAGAGGGCGUUAACCGUAUACCUUCGCUGUACUCUCGAAAACAAGCUCCAGAUCUACCGACUUGGAUCAUGUAUGACAAAAACAUAUUGCGCUUUCAAGCCUAUUUCCAACAAACUCUUCAUGAAAUGCGCUCAGGGUCUCACAUUUUGCGGAAAGUCGAAAUUUUCUUUUUCCUUGAAGACGGCACUAUUAAGGUUAUCGAGCCAAAAACUGACAACAGUGGUAUGUCACAAGGAACACUUAUAAGCCGCCAACGAAUACGUCUUCCGUUCAGCUCCGAUCUAUAUUACGAUCUUCUUGAUUUGAAUAUUGGUCGUGAAAUUACAUUUUAUGGAAAAGUGUUCAAGAUAGUUAACUGCGAUAAUUUCACGAGAGGGUUUCUGAAUCGCCUUGGAAUUAAUGUUUUGGAUCCAAUACCUUGGCCUGAUGCCAUCGAGAGAAUUCCUGAUAAUAAACGUCCACCCAAGCAUCGACCGUUUCGACAGUUUCUGGAUUUUGAUCGACAAGUUUUAAGGUUUUACGGGUACUGGGAUGAUCGAGAUACCGAAUUUGGAACGAUACAUCAUUUAGAGCUACAUUAUUUCUUGGCUGAUGACACUAUGGAAAUUAAAGAGGUACUUCCACCGAAUUCUGGAAUGGAGGCUGGUCCAAUGUUUCUAAAAAGAAUGAGAUUGCCAAGGAAAAUUCCACCGCAUAUAGAGAUGACGGGCGGACCAAAACAUGCGUCCUACAGUCCUGCUGAUUUGAGCAUCGGUGCCGUCGUAAAUGUUUACGGUCGGAAAGUUGUUCUUACAGAUUGCGAUCCAUUUACCAAAGAAUUUUACCGCGUCACGUAUGGCUUUGAUACGUUUAAACCAUUGCCAGUACCAAAAGACGAAGGUACGGAGUGUAUAACCACCACCUUAGCGGAACGGAAGUUACCACCUUGGAAUGGUUAUGGAUCUUACGAAGACUCUGCAGAGAACUGUCGAACUGUUGAACCAAAAGCUCCUCACAGGGAUUUCGUAAAAUUUUUACACAAAGAUAGGGUUGGAUUUGAUUCCCAUAUACUCCGAUUUGCAGCGAGAUUGAUUAAUGAUAAUCCGGAUGACAAAAGACGCUAUUUCAUAAUUAAAUAUUUUCUUUGUGACGACACCAUUGGUAUUUUUGAAUUAGGCGAACGUAAUUCCGGCUUUAAGGGUGGAAAAUUCUUUCGUCGUGGGAAAAUGUAUCUGCCAAAUGUGGACUUCUUCGUGCCAGAAGAACCUCCCGCUUAUACGGACAAAGAUAUGUGGAUUGGUAAUGAACUGGUUAUAAAUAACCAUUGUUUUCGUCUAAUUGCUGCGGACGAGUAUGCUUUGAGGUAUAUGGAACUUCAUUCGAAUGAGUAUCCGAUGGCUAACAUAGCCUUAAUAAUGGAUAAAAUUCGUCGAACGCUCGCUUCCCAAGAAAACGGUUAUAAAAAUUUUGUAGCAAAAUAUAUGGAAGUUGUUUUGCCGGACAAGAAUGAGCUGAUGUCUGUCAGAUGCUUCAAACAAGCUUUAAAGGAAAUAAUGUGUGAAAAAAUGACUGAACAUGAAUUUUUUACCCUGAUUCGACACUUUCGAGGAGAUUCCAGUAAAGACAAAAGUCCACGUCGAGAGAUGAUAAGAUCUCUCGUGUUCACGGAAUUGACUCGUGGAUUGUGGGAUGAUCGCGCGCGCCUAAGGGAAGGGCUCGCGCACGCCGACAUCGGCGGGCUGGGCGCGCUGCCUCCCGAGCGCAUGCGACAGAUGCUCCGCGCACACAGGCUGCCUUUAAGCCGCGAUCUCUUGGACUGCAUGUUGGAUGUACUGGAAAAAGAUGACAACUGUAACAUUGUUUACGAAGAUCUUAUGUCAUUCCUGGACUUUCAAACGCAGCCGGUGUACAAUCUCACUGAGGCAGAUUACCAAAAGAUUGUACGUCACGCGCCUCCAGUUAAAGAUACAGAGUGUAAGCUGUGGGCGGAGGCCGAGACUUUAAUAAAAGAAGGCUUUGUGAAUUGGAAUGCAUUUUUAUGCCAACUCAAUCUUGAACAUCUCGUAAAGGAACAAACAAGUUAGUUACUGCAAAUAGUUUUGUAAUACUUAUCAAAGACUUG